UGCAGCUGAGGACAAAAGCGGUGUGUACAGGACCCAGAGACAUAGCACACCCUGCCGGAAAUUGUCCUAAAGAACAGUGAGCAGUCAAGCCUGGUGACUCCGGCCUGGUUAACCGAGCAAAUCACAUUAUGAUUAUACUUCAUUUCAGUAAUAGAUUAUAGAAUCAAAGGAGAUCAUGAAAUCAAUAAUGUAAGAGACUGUUUUUUCCCCACUUGGCUGGGCAAGUAUCCCUGCAUACUAUAAAUUACAAGUAGCACUGAAUAUUUAAAAACAAAACAAUAAGUGGCACCAUCCGACAUUAACAAACACCGCUUCUUUUACGCUCAGCGCACCAGCUCAGGCGGCUUGUCACGUGGGUCCCGUCGCGCCCCGCCCACUUCUGCGGACCCGGAAGCGGAACGAGCCGCCGGCUCGUCGUCGAACGCGUUCCUCCUGUCUGUGAGGAAAGUUGGACUUUUCGAAAGAGCGCCUGUCUGAGCAGUGCGAGGUGCCGUUUCGGCUGACGUUUAAGCCGCACAGGUGUCGGCUGCGCGGGGCUACGAGCGCGGUGUUGCCUCACGGCGAAGCUCCUCUUCUCUGUUUACUCCGAGUCCGAGGCGGCCGCGUUGACUUGUUGGGCUAUCGCGGAAGCAGAGCCCGAAUGGCGCCGGCGGUGCUCCUUCAAGUCCUUGCCUGACUGACUGAGCGCGCGCCCCUACCGACCGACCUGCUCCCUGGACCCUGCGCGUGCCGUGGUGGGCUCGCGCGCGCACACGACACGACGACACAGCCGCCACCACCAUCAUGGACUGCUCGGCGCUGGAGCGCGACGCGGUGACUUUCGCCAAGUCGGCUGUCUUCUACGACCAGAAAGGGCAGCACAACGAGGCCGUCUUCUACUAUAAGGAGGCUGCCCAGGCGCUCAUCUACGCAGGCAUGGCGGGCUCCAAACUGGAGAACAUCCAGGACAAAGUGAAUGAAUAUCUGGACCGGGUUCAACAACUUCAUGCUGCAGCACAGGCCCGGAGCAGCGACCCCCUGAAGUCAAAGCAUCAGCUAGACCUGGAGCGUGCCUAUUUUCUGGUAACGCAGGCCUUCGAGGAGGAUGAGAAGGGCAAUGGGGACGAGGCCAUCGAGCUAUACACGCAGGCCGUGGAGCUCUGCAUACAGGCAUCCAACGAGACGGCGGAUGCCACUCUGCAGGGGAAGCUCAAGCAACUGGCUCGCCAGGCUUUGGACCGGGCAGAGGGCCUGAAGGACUCCAUUUCAAAAGCAGCUACCAAAGACAAGCCUGCCCCCUCUGGACCAAAGCCCAGUAACCAGGUGAGGCAGUACCUGCCACUGGGCCCAGACUUCACCCUGCAGGACCGGCCCCAGCCAAUGAAAGCUGUCCAGUCCAGCGAUCCACAGAGCCAGCGGUACACAGCCGAGGAGAUUGAGGUUCUCAGGAGCACAUCCAAGAUCAAUGGCAUCGAGUAUGUUCCGUUCAUGAGCGUCGACCUCAAGGAGCGCUUUGCGUUUCCUGUUCCGUUCUCAGACAAAUGCGGAAAGAUGGCUCUGUCUCCCAAGCAGAAGGCCAUCUUCUCGCGCUGGGUGCGACCUGACGAAAUCUGUAACAACCCUACCAUGAUUUUCACUGUCUCCAGCUUCAGCAUUAAGCAGACCGUGGUGUCGGACUGCUCCUUUGUCGCCUCGCUGGCCAUCAGCGCUGCCUACGAGAGACGCUACAACAAGAAGCUCAUCACCAGCAUCAUUUACCCUCAGAACCGAAAGGGGGAGCCAGAGUACAACCCAUGUGGCAAGUACAUGGUGAAACUGCACAUCAAUGGCGUGCCCAGGAAGGUCAUCAUUGAUGACUACCUUCCAGUGGACCGCAAUGGCGAGCUGUUGUGCUCAUACUCAAGCAACCGCAAUGAGCUGUGGGUCUCUCUUAUUGAGAAGGCCUACAUGAAGGUCAUGGGUGGGUAUGACUUCCCAGGUUCCAAUUCGAAUAUCGAUUUGCACGCACUCACUGGCUGGAUCCCGGAGCGCAUCGCCAUGCACUCUGACAACCAGACUUUCAACAAGGAUGACACGUUCCGCAUGCUCUACCAGAGGUUCCACAAGGGUCACGUUCUCAUCACAACAGCAACGGGGGUCAUGACCGAGGAAGAAGGUGAGAGGUGGGGUCUUGUGCCAACCCACGCGUAUGCUGUACUCGAUGUCAGGGAGUACAAGGGCAAGCGUUUCCUGCAGCUGAAGAACCCCUGGAGUCACUUGCGGUGGAAGGGCCGCUUCAGUGAGCGAGAUGAAAAGAACUGGACACCAGAGUUGCUCAAGUUCUUCAACUUUGACCCCAAAUCGGCACAGAAGUUUGACAACGGAGUGUUCUGGAUUACUUGGGAAGACUUGUGCCAGUACUAUGAUGUCAUCUACCUGAGCUGGAGCCCCACUCUCUUCAAGGAGUCCUCUUGUAUCCAUAGCAGCUGGGAUGCAAAACAGGGCCCAAUGAAGGAUGCCUACAGCCUCGCCAACAACCCCCAGUACAAACUGGAGGUGCACUGUCCUCAGGGUGGCGCUGCAGUGUGGGUGCUGCUCACCAGGCACAUCACCGACAAGGAUGACUUUGCUCAAAACCGUGAGUUCAUCACCUUAGUCGUUUACAAAACAGAUGGAAAGAAGGUCUACUAUCCCAUGGAGCCCCCUCCCUACAUCGACGGGAUUCGAAUCAACAGCCCCCACUACCUAACAAAGAUGAAACUGACGAGUGCUGGCACACAUACCUUUACGCUGGUGGUGUCCCAGUAUGAGAAGCAGAACACUAUUAACUACACCCUGCGUGUGUACUCCGGGUGUAAGUUUACCUUCUCAAAGAUCCCCACUCCUUUCACCCAUUCCAAGAGGGUGAACGGCCAGUGGAAAGGAGCCAGCGCAGGAGGUUGUGGGAAUUACAAGGACUCCUACAAGCAAAACCCCAUCUACCAGUUCAACCUGGAGAAGUCUGGGCCCAUGCUCGUUGAGCUGAGGGGCUCCAGGCAAUAUAGUGUUGGCUUUGAAGUCCUGACUGUGUCCUCUGUGGGAGAUCCAGGAGCUGCCGGCUUCCAGAAGAAGAGCAGCGGGGAUUAUCGGUGCGGCUUCUGCUACCUGGAGUUGGACUGCAUUCCUGCCGGUAUAUACAACAUCAUCCCCACUACCUUCCUGCCCAAACAGGAAGGGCCAUUCUUCUUGGACUUCAGCACCACCUGCCCCGUGCGGGUGUCCCAGCUGCAAUGAGUGGCACCAGGGCCGGAUCCAAAGCUGCACUGUCACACCCUACACUGUAGGGGCACUGUUCCUUCACAAACAGAGACUCGGACUGUCACCAUUUCUUCCACUAUAUUACUAAUGAGCAGUGUAUAGCUGUUUACCAGUUCCAUCCUCUGGAUUGCCAAGAUUGAGUGAUGCUUACACACAAAGCCAGCAUUGGCCAUCAGUGAACCCCAGGGGUGGGGGUUCCACAGGAGCAGGUGAAGGCUGAGAUCCCCCCCUUGUGGCACUUAGCAUGUCAGUUUCUCAGGGGACUGCUGUCUGAACAGCUGUUUUCUGUCAAGUGGUGUUAAUCGCUAAUAUCCACCCCCUUUGCUAAGCGGCUGUAAAAUGCACUUUCACGAGGAUGCAAGCGCGUGUGUGUGUGUGUGUUUGUGUAUUCUGCACUGAACCCUGUUUUUCUAAGGGUUUUCCCCUAGCCUUUGUAAUGUAACUGGUUCAGUGGCCAGAUGUUCUCUCUGCCAGUUUGUUGAGUGUGUGUGUGUGUGUGUGCGUGUGAAAGAGAGAUUUACGGGCAGACUGAACCCACAGAGUUGAAGUGCAACUCGGCUGACUGUUGGAAAUUCUGUAGGACGUUGUCUCUUCAAUGUGUCCAGUACUAAAACACACACACACCCAGUUGUCUUGAGCCCGUGCAUUCAAAAGGGAAAGAGUGCACUUCCGUCAACGUGGAGCUCUUUGCCCCAUCUUUACCUGCAGAGGGCCUUCAGGCCACUGAGUGUGUGUGUGUGUGUGUGUGUGUUACUUUAUUUUGCCCAGGGGCAGAGGGCCCAUGUUCUUCCUUUGGGCAAACAUACAAUAAACAUGGUCUUCUCAUCUUUACAGCUGAGCUGUGAUGCUACAUAUUUGUACUUUGGAAAAGGGAGCUGCUUGUUGGUGAGCCUAGAUAUCAGUGAGGUGGGGGUGUGAAGCAGCAGGGCAUGUACUGGUUAGUUCUGCCACCUUUCCACUUGAAGCAGCUUCUGCUGUUGUGUCCUUGAUCAAGGUAAUUAUAUAUAAAUCUUUCACAAUGAGAAAGACUGGUAGCCUGAUUAAGGAUAACUAAAAUAAUACUGGUUAUGACUGACAGAUGUAAAUGUUAGAUGCAUGUCUUCAGUGCUCUCUUCAGCACCUCUGUCUCCUAAUUCAGUCUAAACUGUUAAUAAAUUAGUUCUGCCAGUACCAGAGACGUUUAGAGUCGAA